GAAUUGGACGAAAGUUUCAAGGAGUUUGGGAAAAACCGCGAAGUCAUGGGGCUCUGUCGGGAAGACAUGCCAAUAUUUGGUCUCUGUCCAGCCCAUGAUGAUUUCUACUUGGUGGUGUGUAACGACUGUAAUCAGGUUGUCAAACCGCAGGCAUUUCAAUCACAUUAUGAAAGAAGACACAACUCCCCCAGCAAGCCGCCUUUGCCCGUUCCUCCCACUUCAGCCUUUUCCUUCUUCCCUUCUCUGCCCAAAAGCAAAGGAGGCGGUGCCGGUGGAGGCAGCCGCUCUUCCACUGGAGGCGUCCUGAGCGCGUCCGCGUCCAGUUCCAAGUUGUUGAAAUCGCCCAAAGAGAAACUGCAGUUCAGGGGGUACACCGGGCCAAUGCAUCCCACUCAGCCAAGUAGAGGCCCCAAUAGUAGAAUCAUGACACCCUCUGUCAAAGUGGAGAAGAUGCACCCCAGGGUGGCUGGCACACUGCUGAAACCUGCCACGGGGCCGUCCUGUCCUGCUCCUGUGAGUUCCUCCGUCAAGCCUGGCCUUAACUGCCCCUCAAUACCAAAGCCAACCUUGCCUUCACCUGGACAGAUUCUGAAUAGCAAAGGGCUUCCUGCUCCGCCCGCCCCAGAAAAGAAAUCCGAAGACAAUUCCAGUAAUCGGAAAUUUUUAAAUAAGAGAUUAUCAGAAAGAGAGUUUGAUCCUGACAUACACUGUGGGGUCAUUGACCUUGACACCAAGAAGCCCUGCACCCGGUCUUUGACAUGCAAGACACAUUCCUUAACCCAGCGGAGGGCUGUCCAAGGCAGAAGAAAACGAUUUGAUGUGUUACUAGCCGAGCACAAAAACAAAACCAGGGAAAAGGAAUCGAUUCGCCAUCUGGACACUCAGCAGCCAACGCAGCCUCUCAGGGACCUGCAUCCCGCCCCUCCCAGAGCUCCACAGGAGCCCCACCAAAACUCUCACGGAGUAAUUCCUCCGGAAUCGAAGCCUCUCGUAGCUACUAAACCUAAACUCCACACUCCCGGUCUUCCAAGGCCUCCAGGCUGCCCCGCUCCGCUAGCUGGGGGCGCCCCCCUCGACCCUCCUCCGGUGCAGGAGUCCCCACACCCCCCCCUGCCUGCCGCUGAGCCAGCUUCUCGGUUAUCCAGUGAGGAGGGCGAAGCUGACGACAGAGACGAGUCUGUUGAGAAAUUGGGCUGUCAUUACUCAGGCCGUCACCCUCAGCCAGCGUCUUUCUGCACAUUUGGGAGCCGGCAGAUCGGGAGGGGCUGCUACGUGUUCGACUCCCGGUGGAACCGGCUGCGCUGUGCCCUCAGCCUCCUGGUGGAGAAGCACCUGAACGCCCAGCUGUGGAGGAAAAUCCCACCAGCGCCCAGCAUCACGUCGCCCGUCUCCACACGCGCUCCUCACCGGACGAACACUGUGCCGACAGCCCAGGGCGGGGCCAGCUCCCUUGCAGCACCCACUGUGUCUCCGUCCCCAGUCCUGCUCUCUCCCGCCUGCGUCUCUCCAAAUGGCAGAUCGGUCCCAGCUCACGGAACCACACUAAACGCCCAGCCUGCGGCUUCCGGAGCCGUGGAUCCCGCGUGCAGCGCGCAGUCCAGACACGUGUGCCCCUCGUCCUCGUCCCCCUCCAUGCCCUCCAGCCUCUCCUCGGUCCCCUCCUCUCCCAUGUCCAGGAAGCCCCAGAAGUUGAAAGCCAGCAAGUCUGUCAGGCCCAGAGAGUCUCCUGGUAACAACUGUCAGGGCGCCGGUGGUGCUAACAGUGGCAGCUCAGGAAAGAAACGUAAAAGCGGUUCCCCACUGUUAGCUCACCCUUUCUCCUCCUCCGCUUCUUCUCAUUCCAUGGAGUCUUUGAGGAAAAACUGCGUGGCUCACUCUGGGCCUCCCUACCCCUCCACGGUGAUGUCUUCCCACAGCGUCGGCCUCAGCUGCGUGACCAGUAAAACCAACGCAGUGGGCGUCCGGCACGACCCGUCAGGGAGGGGCCCCCCCAGCGGGAGCCCUGCCGAGUCCAUCAAGAGGAUGAGUGUCAUGGUGAACAGCAGUGACUCCACACUCUCUCUCGGCCCGUUGGUGCACCAGUCCGGUGAGCUGACCGUCAGCGCCCACAGCGGCUUUGCACACUCACACACGCCGCUGGACAAACUCAUAGGAAGGAAGAGAAAGUGCUCGCCUGGCACAAGCAGCGUCAGCAACAACAGUAGCAAACCCACAAAGGUGGCCAAGUUGCCGGCCGUGAACAACGUCCACGUGAAGCACGCGGGCGCCAUCCCGGGGGCACAAGGCCUGACGAACAGUUCCCUCCUGCAUCAGCCAAAGGCACGCCCCUGACAGCUGAAAGUAGCGCGGGGAGGAGUAAUCUGGACACUUUUGACGACAAGUUACACCUCCACUCGACACUCUGGACUCCACGAGGCCUUUGAGCCUGUUUCCCCAGCCUCCUGUGGGUCUCAUUUCCCCGAAGCUACGUCUGUAGCAGUGAGUGCUCACAAAGGACACUGGAUCCAGUUCAGCCACCGAGUUGCUUUUAUCAGUGUUACAGUGGCCUGGACUGCUCGCUACCGAUCUGUGACAAGUUUUCGUUUCUGUUGAUUUUUUUAACUUGCAGUAUAUCAUGGAGCCCCCUUUGAGUAGGUUGGCUGGACAAAGGACUGUGUUGGCAAGAACGUUACUGUAGUCUUCCCCCCCCACACACACACACACCCUGCCAGCUUUUUUGUUUUAUUUUUUUACACGGUGUUCUGUAGGUCACUCUCCAUAGUCAGGCCGCUAACCGGGGCACCCUCCAGAGGAGAGCAUGGCGCUGCCCCAAGAAGCCUCUGGAGGAGGGGCCUGGGCGGUGGGUUUGUAUCGCAGUGUUCCAGGAACGGGCACUGGGACAAAACAGCCUGUAUUUUUGCCCAGCCUUCUUGCAAGUCAUUUACGAUAAGAAACUGUCAGAAUUUUCUAACUUACAAGCUGGUUUGAAGCCAUUGAUGCCCAGAGAGCAAGUAUAAACCGUUUUAGAGGCUUACUUUUCAUGGUACAAAAGUGAUUCUAUGUGAUUUUAAAAGUAUAUAUAUAUAAUAUGUGAUGCAAAUGCAAGCUAGUUUUAAUAAAGGAAAGCCAAAUUGUAGGGGGAGGAGGAGAGGUGAAAUCAUUGUGGGGGAAAAACGUUUUCCAAGAUUUUCCAAGAAUGGAGUUUUCUCGCUUUUUACGUCUUCACGUGGAACGGUAUGUCGGUUUGGGGUAGUUGUCCCUCCCAGUCUUCUGUGCUCAAAAAGUUGCCUUUUUAAAGUGAACUCAUUAGGAUGCAACAGAAACUGUCCUUCACAAAGUCGUUAUUCACGUGAAUAUGUCCCAGGCGCUCUGUGCUUGCCCUCGGUCUCUUCUCUGGACACCAUCCUGGAACUAAAUGUAGCCUUCCACUGUAAGCCCUCCCCGGCCUUCAUGCACUACAGAUGUUUGUUUGGACUCGGUUGGCAUGGGGAGCAGGGACAGUGGAUUCAGAGAAGGCAUGCACGUACCCCCAUGGCGAUUUCACGGGACGCCUACGUGUUCCCUGACCACCUCCUUCAGUGGGGUUAUGCCAGCCAUCUUCCUGAGGGGGUUUGGAGCCCCCGGGAUAUGUUUUCUAGUCCCUACCCCAGAAGAGAGAACCUAAUACGUUCAAACAUCAUUGCUUGAGGAAGUGUCAUUGCAUUUUGGGAAUGAGCCGGGGCAUUUUAACUGGUGAUUCUACCGCCACACCCCUCUGAACAAGAACCAGGUAUCUUUGCUUGGAAGAACACACAGAGUCGCUGAAAACAGGGUAAAUUUUCCAGGGCUCUGACCAUCGUCCUGGCCAGGGCCCAGUCAGAGCCAAGCAGCGCAUCCUUUUUUUCCUACAGUUCUUGGGUUACAGACUUCAGUUUCAGGGAAUUUCAAGUCAACAACAGGUAGAAUGAGUACUUGGUUAGCAACCUAAUAAUGUGAAUUGCUACCGAAUUAUUAUGUAAGAAAACCAAGAGAAAAACUUUAUGCAGAUACCUUAGCUAUAAAUCGAUGUAAAAUACCGAUUUUUUUAAAAAGGAAGGGGGAACAGUACCUUGUUCACUUAUUAUGCAAUCAGUCAGUAAUGUUUUUAAAUGAUAUUAUAGGAGCGGAUAGAAAGGAGAAAGCUUGGCAGGGCCAGCGGGGUGUAGUUAGGAGACAUCGGCCCAGUGGUUCCAUCGCAGUGAGAGAGACGGAGGGAAGGGGGAAUCGGAACACACCUAGGUCAUUCCGUGGUGACAAGUGCAAUGGGGUCUGGGUAGAAUUUAUUUUCAAAGCUGAGGAGACUUGAUGGUUAUUAAUAAAGUUGCUUUUAGGGAUGGAAUUUAUGGACAGAUUGUGUUGUCCCGAAAGAUGUGACUAGGAUCCAUGAUAGCAGGUUGAUUCAGAAUAAUGUAGAUAUUUAGAUUAGCGAGUGUUGGUCAUUUGAUUUCUUAGACUUGAGGCUUUAAUUGAAUUUCCGUAGGUCUCCCGGGUAGUAAGUACACAGAGCAUCUCCAUUAGGAAAUUAGCCAUUUUGGAUUCUGCCUGCCACAAACAGACCUAUUCUAAACAGUGCUAUUAAAGUUUAGACUGUUGUUAAAAUAGUUUAUUUUCUCCUACAACUACUUUUUAUUAUGAUGAACAGGUAAGACCAUUUAAAACACGGGAGUACAAGGUUUUUUUUGGUUUUUUUUUAAAGUAACUUGCAAAAACCAAAUUUGCAGUGGUUGGGUUGUUUCUAGACAGACUUUGGUAUCAAUUUAAAACCAAGAUAAUUUUAUAUUCUUUCCAGUAAAACUUGCUGACAACUCCUGCAGUUUUCUUAAAACCUACAAAAAAGGAAAGAAAACAAAAUAGUGCUGCCGUGGUGAACAAAGAAUUAAUCAAAACCUACUUUUGUGUCUUUAUUUUGGAAUUUUGUGUCCUAUUGUAAAUAUAGAAGUAUCCCUAUUUCAGAAGACAUAUUUUGUUAAAAAUGAACUGUACAUAUUUAAAUAUGUAUUUUUGCACAGGUCUUUUUUUCUGAUAUCCUGUUUUGGUACAAUUGAGAUCAACUAGUAUUUAUUUAUUAAUUAAUAAAAGUAAAUACCUUUUUAUAAUUUGAAGUGGUUCACUGCCAAGCCAAUAGUUUUAGAACCUGCCUCCUUACAGUCCGAGGGACACCUCUGCUCUGUGAAAGUCUCUGUCCCUUCUCAUGUCUCGGGAGUGCGUUCAUUCGGAUGAAGUGGGCAUUGCUUCUCCCUCACUGCCUGAUUUCCCGAUAGACUACGUGUAAUAAGUGACACACUGCUUCUCUUUUGUUGGUGUUUUGUGUGUGUGAGAGUGUGUGUGUAUAUGUGUGUGUGUGCGCACGCCUGUGUGUGUCCGUGUGUGUACACCCUGAGCACAUGUGUGUUCGUGUGAUAUGGUUUAAAACUAAUGGAAAAAACUGAAAGUGCCUGAUAGCUAGUUUUACGCUUAGACAGAUUCUCUUUAAAAAGACUUGAAUGUUCAGUUUAACUUUUGGAGUUUGCUUUUUCCACCUAAAUAUUGUUUCUAAAAUUUUAGGGGAGGAGUUAAAUACCACCAAUGCUAGUAAUUUUAUAAGGUAUUUUAAAAUUAAGAUCUUUUGGUUCAUAGUAAUUCAACUGGUGAUGGAUUGCCCAGUGGCACCAAGGGUUACAGAUCUGUUUUUUCAGCCAGCAACUUCCAUGAUAUGUCUGUUUUGUUACUCAUUCAUGAAAUAGAGUUUAAAAUAGAAUAUUUAAAAUAUUUUGUAUUCCAAAAAUAUCAUACAAAGAAGCACCUCUGAGAACAGUGGAAAAAAAUGUAAAAUUUGAAAAAUGUCAUCUAUACAGGCAGCUAGCUGUCUUCCUGCAAGAGUUCUGUUGCCAAGGAAUUUCUUCAUGUCACUCAUUCGGGGGGGAGGGGCUUUGAAACAUGAUUGUUAAAAGUUUCAUUGUGUCGAGGACAAUAAUCAUUUUUACAUUUUGUGCAAAAGAUUUUCAGAUCAUUUUAAAUGAGCACUACAUACUGUCGGUGUGAAUGUAGGGCCUUGAAAGCAUUUUGCUGGUUUUUUUUUUUUUUUUUGAGCUUGGUUAUAAAAGCAAUCUCCUGUGUUAAAAUGUGUGAAUAGUUUGAUAAUUUGUAUACAUAAUCAAGAGCAUCUCAGCUGGACUCUGUGUUGGCUGCUGUAUAGAACAUGAACAAAUGUCAAGGGAUAGAAAAUUACUUUGGAUAUUUAAAAAAGAAGAAAUAUAUAGUCUAUUUGUUUUGUAACAAGUUCUGUAAAUAAAAUAAUUUAUACUAUUUAUAAGAAAAAGUUGUGCUUUGCUUCAUAAAAAAUUAGUUUGUGGAACCAACAUGUUAUGAAACAGGCAAUAAAAUCAGGACUUGUCAAUAAAUGAGGUUGGCUGCAUGAAAUACUUCCCACGUUUCUGCCUCGUUGUGAUCCCAAACCCCAUGUAAUUUAGUCUGACUCGUCUUCUUUUUUGGCAUCCAGCACCCUUUUAAAGCACCUUCAUUUUAGUUUCCCUCCUACGUAAGCCAAAUACUUCUGAAGGCUUAGGAUGGUUCCAUUCUGGGUCAGAAAGCUGUGCCUUGGGUAAAUGAGUAACUGCCGAGUCAACAGCGGGCACUGCUGCAUCCUGGCCCUGCAGGUUUGCGAAGCAGCAGGGGGUGCUGGUGAAUGGAGAAAGGCGUUCUUUUACACUGGCUUAUGUGUAAAUUGGAUAACUUGUAGUCAGUUGGAGAUAGGUUUUUUCAUCCAGAGCUGGCCCAUCAUCUCUCAUUGCUUUUACAUACUUCCAUUAUUGACAAUACAAGUGGAUUUUCGUUCAGGGUACAACGUAAUCUUUUAUCUCUGGAAAUCCAAAUAAAUUGUUAUAGUAAGUCACAAAUUUUUUUGUUGUUGCUUAAGAUAGUGGGAGUGCUUGCUUUCUAUGUUGGAGAAAAUGUCCAUACCUUCCAUGAAGGAGUUGGGCCCAAGGCUUCCCUCAUCCUCACUGGACUUGCAUUUCGUCCAUAUAUCAACUAACCACUCAAAUCCACUCAUAAGCACCUUGUCAGUACCUUCUUUGAACUUGGAUGUCCUUCUCAAACAUCCCAGGUAAAGAAAGGUUCAACCCCUUAAUGUCUUAUUUAUUUUCAUUCCCUCACAGGUAACCUGGCCCUGGAUAGCAAGAGCUAGCCCAGUUCAAGGCAGCGGGAGUUGGCAGUCUUGAAUCUUGGCAUAUGGGAAUUCACCAGGCAGAAAGGCAGCAGGGUAAGGUCCCUCUAGGCAGAGGGAGGAAGCUGGGCGAGCGAGGUGUCAAAGGAGGAGGAACGCAGAAUCAUUCUGCAGGGAGCUUGCUGGAGGGAGGUUCUCACAGGACUGGAGACGUUGGAGCCAGAUUGCCAAGGACUUCGGAUGUCGUGGGGCCUUCGUCGUCAGGAAUGUGUGGGACCAGGUUCAGUUUAACCCAGAUGUAACAAUCAGAGCCCAGAGGUAUCCCAUGGUCCAGUGCCAGCCUGGUGCAGCUGCCCAAAAAGUCAUGCAAAUCUUGACUGGAGUCUGUGGAAAAACUAAGGACCACUUACAUCUCUUACCGUUUCCUGCGUUUUCACUCUCUUUUCCCUGCAGCAUCUGUCUUUACUCCUUUCUCUCAAGUCCUAAUCAGAAAGCUUCCCCCUAAGUCAAGCCUGAGGUCCUCCCCUUUUCACCUCUUUCAGUACCUUCUUUCUAGCAAGAAACUGCUUCUCUUGGUAAUGGAAACCAAUUAAGCUCGUCCCUCACCUUGUAAGGAUGUAGUUCUCUGGGCCUGGUGUCCUCAUACUCCAUGACCAAAGCUGGCACUAUCCGAGUAUCUCUCAGGGUGGGAGUUAUCGGCCAGAGAGAAGGUUUUCCAGAGAAAGGGGAAAAUCAAACACUUCUAAUACGUUUUUCUGACAGAAUGGACAGGGGAGAACCUUGGAACAAAAGUGAGUUACAAAGCUGUUGUGAUAACCAGGUAAGAGGUAUUAAGUUGCCAAGUAAAGCAGUGACCAGCCCCUACAGGCACAUUAUGUGGCACAUUGAAGGGAGGAGUGAGUCUGAGAUGACUUAGAGAUCUCUAGCUUUGCCAACUGCUGCGUGAGCUUUCAAUGAAAUACGAGAUACGGGAAGAAAAUGACACCAGGGUGCAUGUGAGCUGAGCAUCCAGGUGGAUGUAGAGUCUGGAUGGAACCCAGGAGGGAGGUUUGAGCUGAAAAAAUAAGAGGAAAGGAUGCCUUUCAUUUUAGAUAGGAAAUGAGGCCUUGGGAGUGGAUAUGUUCACCUGGAAAAAAAUAGGCAACUGGUAGAUUUUAGUCAUUUGACUGAUUAUGUUAAAAAUACCUAUCUAGUUAAGUGCCUAAUAUAUCGGAUAUUGUACCAAGCAUUUUACAUACAUUCUCACAAAGCCCCUGUGGGAUAGGUAUUGUGAUCCCUGCCUUACUGGUGAGGAGCUUCUAAGAAGUGUCUUGCCCGAGGCCCUAGACCUGGUACCAGAGCCAGGCUGUAAGUUCAGGUCUAUCAGCUAAGUGGUUCUGAACCUUUUUUUCUGUCACAGACUCCUUCAAGAAUCACAGGAGAGAAGCUGUGGAUCCUCUCUGAGGUACAGACACAGAUUUUAUGUUCCAGGAUUUCACUCAUCCUGAAGCCCACCCUCCAUAGCCCAAAGAGAGAGUGUUCGCCAGAGAGCAAACCUUGGAAAAGAGUAUUUUGGUGAAGACCGAUGGAGAACUGGCAGUAAAGAGAGGUGAGGGCGGAGGCGUGAAGGAUGAGCUUGAGGUGGUGAGAUUUAGUCAGCACCACUCAGCCCACUUAGGUGAUGUUUGGUUUUGUUUGCUCCUGUUUUUUUCCUCCAGAAUCAACUGGAACAUUGGCCGUUGGUUGGUGGGAGAGUUAGAAGAACUUGGGUGGGGAGAUUGCCAAGGAAUUAGAGAGUGCUAGUGAAGGUGUGGUUACGUGAUUAAUGGCGGUCUAGACUGGGAAGUGCAGGAAGAGAACUGGAGGCUACCGCGCAGACUGUGCAGGCACUCUGAAAGCACUGUUUGGAAUUACCCUGUGGUUAAGUCUUACGAUUCCCCCUUCCAGGUAACUUAUCUGUGAUUAGACAAAUGACUGGUCACGUCCCAGAGCAAAGUCGUGGUAACUCGGUAUGGCCAGUGAUGAAGAGGGCAGGCACGGCAGGCGGGGCCCAGGGCUGUCAAGGUGGCGCAGCAUUUACAAGCUGGUCAGGGAGUGGGAGAAUAGGACAGUAGGGUCAGAGUGCAAUUCCUGGUUCAUUUCCCAAAGUGGAGCUGUUCGGCGGUGCUUGUUUAUCAUUUCUGGGUCCAGGGUGAGACGGGAGUGGAUGGAAGUGGGGAGGAGGUAAAGAGCACAGGGGUCACGGUUAAGGAACUGCGAUGCUAGGCUAUUCUAUAGCCUGUUCACUUGAAGGUAGUUAGAGCUGUGAAGGCUGAGCCAGCUGGUGGGUCCUGAAUGCCUGGAUGGGGUGCGGGGGAUAACUUGAGGACUGUGGUUGAGAGCGAUGAGAAUGGUGAAUUGGUAUUACUGGGUGGUAAACAGCUUCAGAGAGAAGGCAUUUUGAUGGGGGGGUGGACAUAUGAUGACUGGGAAAGAAUAAGAAACUUCUUCUUGGCCCUACGUUCCUGAGGUAGAUAUGAAUGGACGGCCUCUAACCUAGAGGAUUUCAAGAAAAGCAGAGUCCUCAAAACCCAAGUGUGGAGUUGAUGAGCAUUGAUACUCCAUGAGUUGCAGAGGUACUUAGAAAACCUGGCCUCUAGGAACCUCUGAAAGGGAGGGUUGACAAUUGUCAGGGCGACACCUACUGGAAGUCUGCAGCAAGUGGUCACUUCCCCAAGGGUAUCUCAAGUUGGAAAAGUGCCAUAUGGGCUGGAUUGAAGGCUGAUCAUUCACUUUCUGUACAGGAAAAAUUACACCAUUGCGAGAGAUUUCUGAGUGACGAGAAAAGAGGGUAGGUAGGCCUUCCCCUUGACACCAUGUAAUUCAGGGUUUGCAGGGGCUGGACUAGACUGCUACAGAUUCUUGAUACUCUUUGUAGGUCUUCAGAAACACGGGAGUGACACAGACCUGUGAUACCAAGACCAGUGAUGGGUAGAGCUGCUGUUGUCCAUGGAGGAUUCCGUCUCGCUCCCCACUGCCACCGACAACAGAAGUCUGUGUGCAGUUAGAAAGACCAGGAGUUAUCGUAGCCCUUUCCUGCUUUCCGUAAUCGUGGGGCAGACAGUAUUUCAAGUGUCAGUUGUUCGUCCUCUUAAAAACAAUAUCAAGAACAUGAAGUUACACAGUUGAUUUGCUAGUGAUCAGUGACCAUCUACUGAGCAAUUAAAACGAAUGCCUGGUCAGGUGGUUGCUGUCAAGUCAGCUCCAACUCUUGGCGACCUUGUUUAUAACAGAACAAAACACUGCCUGGCCCUGCACCACCUUCAUGAUCAUCGGUAUGGGGACA